UGUUAUCCAAUGUACACAAGAACUUGUCGGUUGGCUGUCUGUGUACAAGUGUGGUUCACUGUGACCUGUGCUCAGAUGAUAAUGGACUUCUCCUACCAGAAAACUGUUAUUAAAGAUAUUAGAACACUAAAGCCAGGCUCCCACGUUAGAGUGAUUCGUAUGUCAAGCUCCUCCAGCAAGCAUGGCUUAUAUGACCACCACAUGUUGGUAGCGAGUGUCCCGACCCAUCGCAAGCAGCUGCAUGUCAUCCACUACUCCCAGGCUGGAGGGGAGGGUGCAGGAUCACUCAAUAGCUUCGGGUUCGGAGGCGGAGAGGAAGGGGGAGCAGCUGAAGUGCUCGAGGAAACUGUUACAAUCUCUGAUGGGGACACGAUUGAGUUACUCGAGUACCCUGGCAAUGUCAAGUGCUUUUCAGCUGAGGAAUCAAUUCAGAGAGCAAAGCAAAAACUUGGGGAGAAGAAGUACAGCGUAAUCUCAAACAAUUGCGAGAGUUUUGUGAACUGGGCCAUCACGGAUCAAGCUGUUAGCAAGCAAAUUCAGGAGGGUUUAUUGGGUACAGCGGCAGGUUUUGUGGCAGGUGCAGCUCGUGGCUAUUUCAAGGAGGGUGGAAACUGGUCGACCGCCGUCAAGGAAGGUACCACCGGAGCCUCGAAUGCAUUCUCACGCUACAGGGAAAACAGAAACUAGCCAGUGACUAUAAUUAUGUUAUGUACUUUAUGUUUGUGUUUUAAAAACACUGUAACGUCAUGUUCAUUAUUUUUAGAGUGUCAGUAUGAUACAAAAAUUGUAAAGCGAAAUGUUUAAGCAAAGAUGUAGUAUUAAUGACUGAUUAAUUUGUUUUCUUUUUCCUUC